GGCGGGGCGGCAGUCGGGCGGCAGCCGCGGCCGGGGAGGGAGCGGCGGUGGCGGAGGGGCGGGCAGCGGCGCCCCGUGGUGCGGCAUGUCCAAGACGCUGCGGAAGAAGCGGCACUGGCUGAGCAAGGUGCAGGAGUGCGUGGUGUCCUGGGGCGGCCCGGCGGGCCCGGACCCCGACCUCCUGCGCGGCGGCGCCGAGCGCGGCGAGUUCCCCUACCUGGCGGGCCGCCUGCUGCCGGGCGGCGAGGGCGCGCCGGGCCCCGCGCUGCUUUCGGGGAAAGCGCCGGCGCCGGGCGACGUGCUGCUGGAGGUGAACGGCACCCCCGUCAGCGGCCUCACGCAUCGCGACACGCUGGCCGUCGUCCGGCACUUCAGGGAACCCGUGCGCCUCAAGACCGUGCGCCCAGGAAAAGUCAUCAACAAAGACUUGCGUCACUACUUGAGCCUCCAGUUCCAGAAGGGCUCCAUAGACCAUAAACUCCAGCAAGUGAUCAGAGACAAUCUCUACUUGAGAACCAUCCCUUGCACUACAAGGGCUCCCAGAGAUGGGGAGGUCCCUGGCGUAGACUAUAAUUUCAUUCCUGUUGAGCAGUUUAAAGCCCUGGAAGAAAGCGGAGCCUUGCUGGAAAGUGGAACGUAUGACGGUAAUUUUUACGGCACGCCGAAGCCCCCAGCGGAGCCCAGCCCCUUCCAGCCCGACCCAGUGGAUCAAGUUCUAUUUGACAAUGAUUUUGAUACCGAAUCGCAGAGGAAAAGAACCACGUCCGUCAGCAAAAUGCAAAGGAUGGAGAGUUCUCUCCCCGAGGAGGAGGAAGAGGAGGAGAAGGAAACAGUUAACGGCAGCGGAGGGACAGAAAACAAAGAAAAACAUUCAGAUUCUCCUGACUGGGUGAAACCUGUUCCCAGCUACAACCAGACAAGCAGCUCCAUGGACUUCAGAAAUUACUUGUCGAGGGAUGAGACCCUGGAACCGCUGCCCAAGAACUGGGAGAUGGCUUACACCGACACGGGCAUGAUCUACUUCAUCGAUCACAACACCAAGACAACCACGUGGCUUGAUCCACGGCUCUGUAAGAAAGCCAAGGCUCCUGAAGACUGUGAAGAUGGAGAACUUCCUUACGGAUGGGAAAAAAUAGAAGACCCUCAGUACGGAACAUAUUAUGUUGAUCAUAUUAACCAGAAAACUCAGUUUGAAAACCCAGUAUUGGAAGCCAAAAGGAAAAAACAGCUGGGACAGACUGAUGGCGGCUCCUCAAAAUCAGGACUGGAGAAGUCUGUCUUCACUAGAGAUCCAUCCCAGCUCACAGGAGCACUUCUACGGACGUCGCUGAAAAAAAGUACGAUGGGAUUUGGCUUUACGAUCAUCGGAGGGGACAGACCUGAUGAGUUUCUCCAGGUGAAGAAUGUGUUAAAAGAUGGACCCGCUGCACAAGAUGGGAGAAUCGCACCAGGUGAUGUCAUUGUAGACAUAAACGGAAGCUGCGUCCUUGGCCAUACCCAUGCGGAUGUUGUCCAGAUGUUCCAGCUCGUUCCCGUCAACCAGUACGUGAACAUGACUUUGUGUCGUGGUUAUCCUCUUCCCGAGGACAACGAAGACCCCGUGGUGGAUAUAGUGACAGCCACACCUCUUAUCAACGGACCGCCUGUGACCAAAGGAGAUGUUUGUGUCACCAGCCAAGAUUUAAUAGCAGGAACAGUUGUGUUGGACCAGAAUGGAAAAAUGGGCCCUAUGUUGGUCAACGGUCGUCUCAACGGCCCUUCCAUGGACAUGACGGAGCAGAGGAUCUCCCUGGCGUCUUCUGGAGGCUCCCAGCCCGAGCUGGUCACCAUUCCCUUGGUCAAAGGCCCUAAAGGCUUUGGGUUUGCCAUUGCAGACAGUCCCACGGGACAGAAGGUGAAGAUGAUUUUAGACAGCCAGUGGUGCCAAGGCCUUCAGAAGGGGGACGUGAUCAAGGAGAUUUGCCAUCAGAACGUACAGAGCUUGACACACCUGCAGGUGGUGGAGGUGCUGAAGCAAUUUCCAGUAGGAGCAGAGGUGCCGCUGCUCAUUGUACGAGGAGGUCCACCUUCACCUACUAAAACUACCAAAGGGAAGGACAAGCAGGACAGUUCAGGGAGUUUGGAAGCUGUUGGUGACCCCAUCCCGCAGCCGAUGCCGUUCCCGCCCACCGCUGUGCGACCAGGCUCUCCCAAACUGGACCCUUCCGAAGUCUACCUGAAGUCUAAGACCAUGUACGAGGACAAACCUCCAAACACAAGAGAUUUGGAUGUUUUCCUCCGAAAACAAGAGUCGGGCUUUGGUUUCCGGGUGCUCGGAGGGGAUGGACCAGACCAGCCAAUCUACAUCGGAGCCAUAAUCCCGCUGGGAGCGGCGGAAAAGGACGGCAGGCUGCGAGCCGCGGACGAGCUGAUGUGUAUCGACGGAGUCCCCGUCAAAGGGAAGUCGCACAAGCAAGUUUUGGACUUGAUGACCAGCGCUGCUCGCAACGGGCAGGUGCUGCUCACGGUCCGCAGGAAGAUCUUCUUCGGUGGGGAAAAGCAAGCGGAGGAGGAGGAGUCGCAGCCUGUCCUGACGCAGAACGGUUCUCCCCGACCGAAUCGGGCAGAGCUUGCAAACCAGCAACCCCCGGAGGUCUAUGACGUCCGUCUGCAGCGGAAGGAGAACGAAGGAUUUGGCUUCGUCAUCCUCACCUCAAAGAAUAAACCUCCUCCUGGCGUUAUUCCUCACAAGAUCGGGCGAGUUAUAGAGGGGAGCCCAGCCGACCAGUGCGGGAAGCUCAAAGUGGGAGACCGCAUCUCAGCGGUGAACGGCCAGUCCAUCGUGGAGCUCUCGCACGACAGCAUCGUGCAGCUCAUCAAGGACGCGGGCAACGUGGUGACCCUGACGGUGGUGGCCGAGGAAGAACACCGUGGUCCUCCCUCGGGAACGAACUCGGCCCGGCAGAGCCCAGCUCCGCAGCACCGGCCGCUGGGACCGGCGCAGCCCAGCACUGACAGGGCAGCUACGGAAGGUGAAGCUGGAAAAGAAGGUUCCAAUAGUUACAGGCUCUCCUGGCCUGAGCACAAGCACUUGACACAACCCGACGCUGGCGUUGCUGCGGCUGUUGGGAGCCGACACUCCCAGAAUCCUGGCUGCUUCCCGGUGGAGCUGGAAAGGGGCCCCCGCGGGUUUGGAUUCAGCCUCCGAGGAGGGAAGGAAUACAACAUGGGCUUAUUCAUCCUGCGGCUCGCGGAGGACGGGCCGGCUGUCAAAGACGGGAGAGUCCACGUUGGGGACCAAAUAGUUGAAAUCAAUGGGGAACCCACCCAAGGAAUCACUCACACACGAGCCAUCGAGCUGAUCCAGGCUGGGGGGAACAAGGUUUUGCUGCUGCUGAGACCAGGGACCGGGUUGAUCCCCGAUCACGGUUUGGCUCCUCCCAGCCUGUGUCCCUAUGUGAAACCUGAGCAGCAUUAAGGGCUUUCAGUGCUUUUCUUGGUUUUUCCUUAAAGACUUGGUGAUUGGGAUAGUUAUAAUCCAUCUUCGUCAAAUGUAAUAUAUGAAGAACAGUCACCAUUAUCUUCAUCUUCACAUUCCCCAUCCGAAGCGUGUUACGUACCAGAACCAGGAGAAGCUUUAACGAGAGUUCCGCUGUCUGAGAAACUGGAACAAGCAAAGAACACUGUGCCUGAAAAGAAAAGCACUUUACCUGAGCCCCAGUUUGAGAUGAAGCCUCAGUCUUCUCCCCGGAGAACAAAGAGCAGGUGGGAAUGUCCCCCCAGCCCUGGGUUUGAAACCAUAAAAGGCCGUUUGGAAGCCAGAAGAGACAGAUCCGCGAGUCCAGAGACGUUGGCGGCUGCUGAGGGACGCGCGGGAUUCCACGGCCCCAGGAAAGGGGAGCCCGAAAAAACCUACGGGAAUCUCUCCCAGAAACCCCACAGGUCCAGAAAGAGCGAGAGUAAAGCUGCAGAAAUAGGGGUGAACGGCAGUAACAGGAAAGAGCAUUCCAGUGGAGAUGGAGGGAGGUCCGCCAGUCCCCAAAAGCAUCUCGGGAGCGCAGAAGCGGCAGCCAGGUCCCAGGAGCACCCACACGGGACGACUGGUGGUGCUAAAGCGACCGUUGGGCAAUUGAGAGGUGGAAAACAGGAGUUUUCCACGAAAGACACGAGGCAGAAAACCGGCAGAAAGAGGGAAGGGUGGUCUCCAGAGCGACAACGCGCAGCGGCCGAGCAGAGAAACCUUCCAUUGGGUGGCUCGAGGAGAAACGUGUCCGAAGAGGAAAUAAGGAAGCAAAACCCUGGAGAGCUGAGUUCCGGCAGAUUCAAAACUUCCAGCCUUUCCAAUAUUCCGCUGCUUUCCACGGAGAGGCAGAGGAGGCUGGAAACGCCGGAGAACAGACACGGCCCGGGAGCCGCGGAGCCGCCCGGUGGAACCGCAGACAACGGCGUUUCCAAAUCCGCCAGUAGUUCCCCAGUCAAGAAAACACCGAUAACCCCUGGACCUUGGCGGGUACCGAGCGCGUGUAAAGUCACCCAAACAGCAGCUGCGGCUGACAAACGGGUUUAACUGAGACCGUUUCAAUCGAGUUUCUGACAAUGGUCAUUUAAAAGCGUUGUUUCUUUUCGCGAAGUUGUCAGGUUUAUUUUUCAGAAACUGAUUAGAGGGUGGGAAAUGUUUGAUUCGUUCUUAAAUUAUCUAAGUGCAUGAAGGACCUUUUGGAUGCUUGACCGAACCCUCCGGCGCUGCUGCCCCGGCCCCGUGGGCGCGUUUGCUGCUCCCAUCGCGCUGCUCGGCUCCCCAGAUCGUGUUGUGAGUUUCCCAACAAAGUUAUUUAACGCCUGUAUUGCCAAUGUGAUCAUGACUCGCGUCUUGCUCUUGUGCCAAGUCGUCUGCUGUAUCCAGUCGGUCUCAUCCUUCUCCGACCUACUCCAGGCCCAGAAAAGGCAAAGUUUGGUUGGAAAUGGGUGUUUUCUGGAGCAUGUUGCAUGUUUACAUGAGGAAAUAUAUGUAUUCUGUUCUUACUGGGUCAGUAAGAAGAUGGGUGAGUUGGUUCUAGGGCAGCAAAUGAGCCACUGAUGCUGUUCAGUUGAUGGUUUAUCUUAAAUUUUUAUACAAAAUCACACAGAUAAAAAUUUGACAUAACCCAUCUUUUGUAAUUUUGCUUUUAAUGAACACAGCAAGAUCGUUUUAUUUUCUCGAUCCGUAAGGAGGCUCAGAACAGCUGUUCACAAACAUCUGUCUGAAAAGAGGAGGUUGUGGGUGCUGCUGAAUCACAGACCCCGGUUGGUGUCGCCGCCGUCCCUGUGAACACGAAGGGUUCCGCUCAGCCGCUCCGCGCCAAACUCCCAUGAUUUAACACUGGUUCAGAAUGGCGUCUCUUCCCGCUGUCGAGGUAACAACUGACCAGGACAGAACCCGUUUCAGUGACGUUCUUGCCUGUUUAUGUUCGAAAUCUCCCAGAUUUUAUUUUGAACGCCUGAGCUGCCCCAAGAGUGCUGAAUAGGAUGAUACGCAGGGUACGUGAGACUUAUAGCUGUUGUUUGAGCUUAAAAAGAGGAAUGUUACUCCCAGACUCUGCCGACAUCAGCCCUGCAGCUGUGAGAACAGCAGGCAGCGGAAACCAAAGGGGUUUGUUUUCUUCCCUAGUUUCAGUGACGAUUUCCUGGCAUUCCUGGUUUUUCCUGAGCGCGGAGGGUGGGACAGGGAGCCCAUCGGUGCCGGCUGCAGGAGGGCAGAGUGUGGAAGCUCAGCCUUCCCUCACCGCCUUCAAAUUCAAACCACACCAUUCGCUCUUUGAAAGCGAAUGGGUGAAUAGCUCGUUUUGGCUUUGACACUGUUAAUGAUUUUAGAGCUUAAUGAAGCACAGCGACUCGGCUCUGAGUUCUUCAGCAGUCCAGGGGACGAACAGCAUUUUAAACCCAGACUUGGACAAUUCCACAGGCUUUACAGCAGAUGUGACCUGUGCUCUGCUGCUUGACUUGGGGUGAUCCGUUGCGAUUUGCCGUGUAGCAUAAUACGUACAAAUACUCCCUGUGUGGAGUAUGACUGUGAAAAUAUUUAAUACUUUGAAGUAGCCUGUGUAGAUAUUAACCAUGUAUUCUUAACAAGAGGUUGUUCUAUGUUGACUGUCUGCACUUGCCCUCACCACUGAGUAUGGUGACAAAUUCAGCUGUUUAUACAAAGAUUAAUUAGCACCACUGCAAUUACUUCCCUGUCAUCAACUCUAUUUUUUCUGUAUGUUCACGUGACCUGAUGUAGUGUCUGACCUGUGCGUGAUUUCUCCUUCCAUAGAACGUGUUUCUGUAUCAGAGGACUUGGCACCGUGGCCUUGGAAUGCUGAGCAAUGUAUGGAUGUCCUGGGUGUAAAUGUUUAUAUACUGUACAGCACCUUUAUACAUAACUUCUGAGGUUCUGACUAGAGAGAGACCUGUAAAUCGCUCAUUAUUUUUUAUAUAGAUAUUAAAAAGAAACUCCUGUUCCUGG